AUGGUCGUUAGCCGCAGCAGUCACAACAUGCUAGUGUUGCUCGUUACAUUGGUGAUUUCUUUGGUGGCAGCCCUUAAUGAUCAAUUGCGGUUGCCAGAUUUUCCAGUGCAAUAUGAUGGCUACCAAAAACAGUGCGGACUUCCGGUUAGGUGUGCCGGAUAUUCCAAGUGUCCGAGGGUUCACGCUUGGUCGGAGCUGGAACGGACGGCUCAGGUCAUGGCGAGCAUAGAAUUUGAGGAUAAUUCGGCUCAGGCUAGGGAUAAAUGCCACCUCAUUCAGGAGGGAGAGUUUGAUUUUGAAAUGUUUUUCACCGAAGCUUUGGAUAGUGACGGGGAGAUUGCAGUCAAAAACACGAGAACAACGGAAAUUUUCCUGGAAGAGUUAUCGUACCAAGGAACGUGUGCUGUUAAAAACUUCUUGGAAGGUCGAUGCUCUGUCAACCAGUCUCUUUCGUUAGAGCAGUGUAAACGGAGAAAAUUCUACAAGUGUAAUCCGAACUAUCCGUACCGCUCGUACAACGGCAUUUGCAACAAUCUGCAGCACGCUGAGUGGGGACAACCGGGAAGUCCCCUAAAAUCUGAAAUGGCCCCAUGCUACGAUGACUACAUCGGCAAGGACCGACGAAGUGCAUCCGGCAGAGCGUUGCCCGAAAAUCGCGAGCUAAUGGCCCAGGUGCAGGGAGCGCUGAACGUCAACGUGGGUGCGGAAGCCCCCCCACCGGGCCUGUUCAACAUGUUCGGAGUAUUUUUCUGUGAGUUCAUCAACGGAGACAUGCUGGGCCGGGUGAUGAAACGGGUUCGUACGGCCACGGAGGGACUCCGCGGGUGCCGAGCUGAUGGCCGUGGCGUUAGUCGGCACAAAUCGGCGCUGACCGAACCGUUGGCGAUUUCACGGGCCGAUCCGAAUUACGGUCCCCAGGGGGUGGAGUGUUUGAACUUCAAUCCUAUCGAGAGUGCGAAUGAUUUCUGCGAGGUGACUUACUCGAGGAAGCGAAAUACCGCGACCAGCUAUUUGGACCUGUCCCAUGUGUACGGGGAUGGAAAGUUUGAUAAGCAUGGCAAGUUGCAGACGGGACACUGUGGAGCAUCUGUGAAGACAGCUAAAUUGCAUGUCGUUGCACUGCAGUUUCUGAUAGUGGGAGGAUUGUUCUCGCAACUUCACAACUAUUGCGUCGAUCAGGUUAUGACAUGUGGCCAGGACGAUCUGCUGGAGAAUGCUGUCGAAAAGUGUCGUGCCCUAACGAUUGGCGUUUAUCAGCGUAUAAUCUACGAAGAAUUGUUGCCGAUUCUGUUUGGCAGUUCAUUCUACGAGCAAUGUAAUUUCAACUGCGAGUAUGAUCCAACGCUGGAGUCUGUCGUGUCGUCAUCGUAUAUCAACGGACCUGGUCGAUUCCAGCAUAUUUGGAUUCCUGAGAAUUUAACCUACGUAGCGAAUGGAAGAGCUUAUCAAAAGCCGUUGUUUGAAUUUUUUGAGGAAUAUGAGAAUUUUGUGUGUUCAAAUGCGCUUGCAGGUGUCCUGAAUGAUCCUAUCCGAACUGUGGGAUUGUCAGACAGCAUCAUGAACGUUUUCUACUCGAAAGACGGAGUACGUGGUCACUGCCUGCCAUGUCUAGAUUUGGAGAGAGGUAGAGAUGCCGGGACAUGCCCAUUGCUUUCCUACAAACAUUACAUGGACAAACUAAAUGGAAUAAAAUCAAGAAAGUGUUACAGAUAUUUCGAAGAUUUAGACGAUAUGUUUGAUCCUCAGUUGAUAGCAGUCCUCAAAGCAUAUUACGAAACACCCGAGGACAUUGAUCUGCUGUUUUCAAUUUUUGAAAAUCAAAAUCCACCAGGAUCCCAACUGCCAAACCUGGUGGCACAGUCAACUUGUUUGGAGUUCAAGCGUUUGAAAUGCAGUGACCGAUUUUUCUAUUCCUGGAAUCCAUAUUUGUCAAACGCUUCCAGGGAAAUGAUCGAUGUAAUCGAUUUGAAAACAUUGUUAGCUCUAUUUGGAGAAAUCGACCAGAUUCCGCUGGUUCCGUUUGCAACGCACUCGCAAACCGUUCCGGCCAGUACACUGCGCAAGCAGCUGGAGAGUAGGAAAAACUUGUUCUGUUCACUUUAG